CCGUCUUCUGAUAAUAAUAACUAUUAUUUCUUUGAUGCUCUUCGAGAACUGUGCUUUUGAUCCUCUCUCUGUCUCUCUCUCUCUGCUCUAUAUACUUUCUUAGCUUUCCCAUAAACAUAACGAGUAGACUAUAGAGCUCAGCUUUCUUGUUUCUGCUUCUGUAUUUUUUCUCUUCUCUUCUUCCCUUUUUCCUUCAAACCCCAUUUGGAUCUUUCUCACAUUCUGCUUGGCGCCUUGGGCCCCAAACCACGCGUGAUUUUCUUCAUAUAUAUAUAUACAUGUAUACACACACAUAUAUAUAAAAGGGACGCGUUGAUAUUUCUCAUGAAAAUCACAUCCAUGCUUGUAGUUUCUGCUUCCUAAAUCCAUUUCUAUUUUGGGUCAGUUUCUCAUGUUUUCUUCUUCCCACGAACUCUAAUCAAAUUUCCCUCUAGAUUUACCCUUUUGUAUUGACUAUUACCUCAAAUCCAUGAAGGGUUUUACUCCCAUCAGUGUUGUGAUUUUGGUAACCUUUCUGUUCUCUGUGGGUGCUUGGAGUUCUGAGGAAGCAGAUGAAGGUGUAGCUCCAAUGGAGAAAACGGAGCAAUUAGCUCUGUACUCUGCAAUCCAAGGCUUUGUGGGUAAAUGGUGGAAUGGCUCGGACCUCUAUCCGGAUCCUUGUGGGUGGACUCCUAUACAGGGGGUGUCUUGUGAUUUGUAUGAUGGGGUUUGGUACGUGACCUCCAUGAAUAUUGGACCUAUUCUUGACAACUCCCUUGGUUGUUCCCCAAGUGCAAAAUUUAGACCACAACUGUUUGAUUUGAAGCACCUAAAGUCCCUGUCCAUUUUCAAUUGCUUCCUCUCACCCCACAAGCAUCCAGUUCCGAUCCCCUCAGAAAACUGGUGGAAGGUUGCCGGCAGCUUAGAAUCACUAGAGUUUCGAUCGAACCCGGGCCUCAUUGGACAGAUUCCUACAACCUUGGGCAGCCUCAGAAAGCUCCAGUCAUUGGUACUAGUGGAGAAUGGAUUAAGAGGUGGAUUACCAACAAGUAUCGGUGAAUUAGUCCGAUUGAAGCGGCUAGUUCUUGCCGGAAACUGGUUUACGGGCCAAAUCCCCGAUGGGUUUGGUGAAUUGAAUCAGCUGCUAAUCCUUGAUUUAAGUAGGAACUCACUGUCUGGGCCUUUGCCAAUCAGCGUUGGACGUUUGACUUCACUCUUGAAGCUUGACUUGAGCAGCAAUCAACUGGAAGGGCAGCUGCCAAUAGGGUUUGGUAAUCUAAAGAAGUUGACUUUAUUGGACGUCAGGAGCAACAAUUUCUCAGGUGGAUUGACCAAAUCACUUCAAGAAAUGCAUUCCUUGGAGGAAAUGGUUUUAUCCAACAACCCAAUUGGUGGAGACCUCAAAACCCUAGAGUGGCAAAACAUGGAGAGUUUGGUAUUUUUAGACCUCUCCGGAUUGGGUCUAAUUGGUGAGAUUCCAGAUUCAAUUUCAAACCUAAAAAAGUUGAGAUUUUUGGGUUUAAGUGACAACAAGCUCACAGGCAUCCUCUUGCCAAAGAUUGCAACUUUGCCCUGCCUCAGUGCACUCUACCUCCACGGCAACAACCUGACAGGGGAGCUUAAAUUCUCUGAGUCGUUUUAUCACAAAAUGGGGAGUCGUUUUGGUGCUUGGAACAACCCUAAUCUCUGCUACACCAGUGGAAUGGUGCCAGCAGAGCAUGUCCCAAUUGGGGUGAGGCCAUGUCAGCAGGAGGGGGAGGAGGUCACUUGAUUUAUAAAGAUAUCCCUUCUUUUUAGAACUAUAGAAUAUAACUUCUCUAGUUGGAAGCAACCGUAACUUAGAAUUUUAUUGCUUGUUUUGUCAUGCUUUAUUUUGCCUCUUGGCAUGAAUCAAAACAAUAUUUAUGCUUUCC